AUGCCAGCCCGCUGCUUCUGUAAGAUUUGCGUUGCUAAGGUGUUACGCGACGAUGCUGCACAAUACGCGUCGCGAGAUGCGGAUGAGGACGAUAACGAAGUAACUAGUGGACGCUGGGACCACGACGACAUUACUGAAGAAGACGAGAAUGACGAUAACGAAGAUUGCAUGCUAAGUCUUCGUCACUCAAAAGUGUUGUUCUCAGCUGAGUCAAAUCAUUCUGAAGUGGAGCACUUGUCUUGGCAGCGCAGGGUGAUGACUAUGUCGACUGCUAUCCCAUAUAGCACCGAAAAUGGGUUUCAAGCGUCGGUAUCCCGCUUGUCUGCUAAGGAACUAUCGGUGGACGCUAUGAACACCAUCAACGGCUCUCCUUUACCUGACUAUCGCCGCCGGCGCAGUGCAACGCUUUCCACCGUGCCUGCUUCGACAAGUGGAGUCAAAACUUUGGAGCGAAGUCGAACUAGACGCCGCUUCAGUGCGAACGCGCCUGACAUUCUCUUGCGAAGUGAUGUGGGCAAACGCAACUGGGCAUACUCAGCUUCAGCACUUUCACUCGAAUCGCCACAGCGACAUGUUGAUGGUUCAUCGAUUGCAAAUGUUCACCGCAAUCGUCGCUGUCGACGGUCUGGAAGCACCUCACCUUCUGUACACCGAGUCAGUGUUUGUAGUUGCGACAGUUUUGGUGGUAAAAGUGACGAGGUCCGCGUUCAAAUCGUUACGCCCAAGCGGAGUCGACCUGCCGCCGCCUGUACUCCAUCCUUUCCAUCUAUAGGAGCGAUAUCAAGAAAACUGUCGUUUGAUGCUGAUCCUCCAUCCAUUAGGACAGUUCAUAAUCAGUUCUUUCGCAAACUUUACGGCGGUCGGGAUGUGAAGUGA